AUGCUAUCUUUGCCCAACUUGCAGGAAGUUAGCCUGCACUCCAAUCCUUUACGUUGCGACUGCCUUUUCCGAUGGGCUGCUGAAGAAUCUCCACAUCUGACCAAGGAAGUCAAAGAACCGGAGACAAGUCUGCAGCUAAGACCAGAGUUGACGUCCACGGCGGUAACGCUUCUGCUGCUAGCGCUGAUCCUGCUCGCUCUGGCAGGACAGAGCCUGGAGUCAGAUGGUUCAAAGGGAGAUCACGUGAUGCUGCUGCAGGAAGUGAAAGGUGGGAUUCAGGUCAAAGAUGAGAAAGGAGGAGAGGAAAUUGAGAAAGUGCCAUUGUGA